GGCACCGAGGCGGCCGGGCACCGACUGCCAGCCUGCAGCAAUUUCCCUGUGUCAUGGCUCCGGUCUCUUAGCAACGGCCGCCGGUCCGGCCGCCCGCCCGGAGCAGCGCGAGCCGCCGCGGGCUCCACUCCACCCGGCGGAGCCCGGCGCGCCGCAGCCACACAAAAGGCGCCGGGGCAGCGGGCGAUUCGGGCGGCGGGGCCGGCGCGAGGGGCGGAGGGGCUUCGGCGGGGGAAUCGGCCGGCAGACAAGAUGCAGGAUGCGGAGGACCUGGCACUUCUUGGAAACUCUUGGAAACGGCUCCAGCCGCCGCGCCGGAGGGGGCUGCGAACCUGGGGCGGGCGCUCGCCCCCGCGGGGCUGCUGAGCGGCGCGCGGCCGCGGGGCCCCCGGGGCGCCGUCCCUGCGCUCGGCGGCCGGCGGGGACCGAAAAAGUUUCUCCAUGGUUCCUUUGUGUCGCCCGUGCGUCCGGCCGGCCCUGAGCUGCCCCAGGCUUCCCGGAGGCGGACUCCCAGCUGCACUCAUGUGACUCCAACAUAAAUAAGCAGAAGACCGAGGUCGGGGCUCGCUGUCCUGCCAGGGCGGGAGUGGGGGUCCGGGACCCGGGCGGACUGCCGGGCAGGGCAGGGCGCGCCCAGCCCGUGGGCUCCCAGCCUCUCGCGGAGUGGGGCUUCAUCCAUCGUGAGCCGAGAACUUGAAUGUCUCUCUGGGAAGCAGUUGUAUUUUUAGACAUCCCCCCUCCUCCAUUCCUGAACCACGGAAAGACCAGCACCAGGCAGUAAAUUGCUAGGGCGGCCGACCUCGACUGCUAAGUUUGUUUCCCUGCACCGUGAAUGGGAAAAAAGCCUCAAAGCAGGAAGAGGUGGCAGAGCAGCUAGUGGGCAGCUGGCGCCCCCUUUGCACGAGCCUCCGCCCCAAGGAUCAGCCCCUCGCUCCACCUGCCCAUCAUGAUCGCCACCGGCGGCCUGCUGAGGAUUUCCGCCAGAAAGCAGGAUCCCCUCCGCCCUCCGAAUCAGGUUCCCAAGCGCAAGCGGAAAGCCAAGAAGAGGCGCAAGAACGACGUGGUGGUGGUGAAAGGAAAGCUGAAGCUGUGCUCCAUAUCUGGGCUCAUCGCCCUCUGCGGGAUCCUGGUGCUGCUGGUUGGCAUAGCCAUGGCGGUGAUGGGCUACUGGCCCAAGGCCGACGGGGCUAGUAAGGAGGGGGGUAAGCAGCUGCCGCCCACCAGCAGCGGCCAGCGAGCCCCAACCACGGGCAACAGCAGCAGCAGUGGCGGCAAAAACCGGUCCAAGAGCCACCUGGUUUCUGUGGGGGGUGUAAACUCCAGUUCCCUGGGCGCGCCCAGGAGCACGCCUCCAGCACGGUCCACCACCGCUUCGCCGUCCUCCUCUGCCUCCGUGGGUUUCUUCUUCCGAAUCUUCUCCGACUACCUGCAUUCCGACAAGCUCAAGGUCUUCGGGCCCCUCAUUAUGGGUAUUGGCAUCUUCCUCUUCAUCUGCGCCAACGCGGUGCUCCACGAGAACCGCGACAAGAAGACCAAGAUCAUCAACCUGCGGGACCUCUACUCCACGGUCAUCGACGUGCACAGCCUCCGUGCCAAAGACCUGGCCGUUGCUGCGGCCGCUGCCGCCAAGGCCUCCUCCACCUCCUCCGUGCCCGCCUCCGCGCCCCCCGGGGCUACACCACUCAACGGCUUCCUCAGCUACGUGCAGUCGCGGGGCCUGGAGCUGAAGCCCGGGGGCGGCGGCCCUGGGGAUGCCUUCGAGGCUGCAGCGAUGCUGGCCAAGGGCUCCUGGCCCCACCCCACCGCUCUGGGUGGGGGCGGCGGCGGGGCCAGGGGCGUCGUGUCCCCGCCAGACCUGGCCUCAUCCCCGCGAUGUUCGCGGGAGCCCCCGAGCCUGGCGGAGGCCGUGUACAGCAUCUACCGCGAACGCUCGUGCGUGGCUGGCCGUCGCCGGGCUGCCGCCACCGCCGCUGUGGCCACAGCCACCGCAGCCGCCAGCAGCAGCAGCAGCCCGGCGCCCUGCAGCCCACCCGAGAGCUGGGGGCGCCAGAGCACCGCCAGCUCCCUCGUGGACUCCUCGCUGAGCGCCUUCACACUGUUACCCAUGCAAGGGGACCGCGACAGGGACGGGGGCGCAAAGGGCGCAAGCUGCAGCUGGCAGAGACUGCCUGGGGCAGGCGGCUCCCAGAAGAUCCCGAGGGAUGAGCUCGACCUCAGUUUGACCGACCUCCGAGGUAACCUGGGUGGCGCGUGCUGGGCGCCUGGAGAGCCGGAGGAGCCCGGGGGCGUGGCGGCGACGCACGCCGCCAGGGUGCGGGGCGGCCAGCUGCCCAGGACCGGCAAGUACAGGGCUCUGAGGCGCUGUAGCACCAGCGGGCUACCAGACUACCGGUCGCCGCUGUCCCCGGAGCCCCCGCCCUCCUUGCACAGCGCAGACCUGGACUCGAACCUUCCGGCCAAAGCUGCUUCCCCUUCGCCCCCGCUGCGACUGGAGGGCUCGCCCCCCGCCAGGCUGGGUUCCCCGAGCUCCCACUCCGAGGACCCAUCCUGCAGCAAUAAGGGCUACACCCCGCUGCAGGAUGCCAGCACCUCCAUGGAGUCGGUUGUGGACGAAGUAGCCAGUAAAAGUCAAGACUGUGAGUCAAGCACCGCCCCAGGCGUGGAGGAGCAGAGUCGUCCAGGAAGCCCCCUGGAAGAUCCCAGCCGAGGGGCACCCAAGACCCAGCCACCGCAGCCAGUGCAGAGGCGGUUUACAAACAAGGAGAAACUCUUCAUGAUUUCUCGUUCUCACGCCUUAGGGGUAGAGGACGGAGAGCUGGAAAGUACUGGCACUUAGGGAAAGAGGGAGCCAGGGCGAAAAGGAGUGAGAAAAUAUGCCCACUUGAAUCAGUGAGUUGAACAGCUCCCUCUUUCCUUGUGGACUUAUCGGAGGAAAUCGUCCAAUACCCAAAGAGCUGCAGAAUGUUAUCCUUGAAUUGUGUUCACAAGAUUCCUGUAGAUAACUCCAAGCAAUUUUUUUUUUAAAAAAGCAAACUAGCCUUUUAUGUCCGAUGGUGAUUGUAUGUUCCAGAAAACCAAAAGUAUUAAAAGGUCAGCAAUCUAGUUCAUUAGAUAAAAUGCUCUUAAUUUUCUUAGGAAAAAUAAUAUAUUUUUGACAAUAACUGUGCACUUUAACUUUUUUUUUUUUGAAUCCCUAAUUUCCCUAAUCUCUCAACUCUGCCUCUGGUUUUGUCCAUAGCUGCUUGUGAAUGACAAGCUUUUUUCUCCUAUGCUUUUGCCGAGCAUAGAAGGGUUUGAUUCAGUUCUCUCAGAACUGACAUUACUAAAUGAAGUCAAAGCCAAAAGCAUGAGUAUGUCUGGAAAGAGCUCUUUCCUUGCCCCCACUCUGCUCAUCCAACUGCCUGAAGGCCUCUUUAUUUUUUAAAUGGAUAUUUACAUUUUGCUACUAGGGUAGCUGAUGGAGAGGGAGGGGCCAGUAUGUAUGUGGACUGUUGCAUUUCUAAGUUCACUAUAUCAAGUACAGGAUACUUUAUUGAGUAUUAUCACACCUGUAUUGAAAAUAGCAUUAAUAUUAAAAAUCUUUUUUAAUAAAAAAGUUUCCAAACAGUAACACAUAAUAUCGCCUCAUUUUGCCUUGGAACUAAUGCUUCUAACACA